CUCUAGUGCGCUUUGCUAUGCUGACCUGGAGCCUAUCUGGCGGCCGGCAGGGCGGCUGUGUCCGCAAAAAGGGCUCCAACAACAGAGCCCGCGCCAACAAGAUCUGGGGGAUCGACGAGCUGCAGUGCCGGCAGCUCUGUCUAAUCGACGACGCGUGUCAGGCGUACGAGUUUGUCGCCUACAGCUCCCGCAAUCAGGGCCCGAGAUCCGCAGCACCCACGCGCUGCACCCUGCACAUGGGCCCGGUGGCGCAGCACGCCGUGCCGCUCCCUGGCUCGCAGUACGCAUCGUGCUACACCAAGCAGGUGUCUGGCAGGCAGGGCAGCACGAGGCGGCGGCCGUCAGCGCCGCCACCGCCGCCGCCGUCGCCGCCGCCGCCGCCGCCGCCGCCGCCGCCGCCGCCGUCACCGCCGCUGCCGCCGCCGCCCCCGCCGCCACCGCCGCCUAUCACUUUUUUGACCUCAUGGCUGCCUGCGGGGUGGCUGCUAUUGCCGCCGCCAGAGCCGCCGCCGUCGGUCGCCCCACCGCCGUUUCCGCCCCCUCCGACCUCGCCGUCGCCCCAGCGGCCGCCGCCCUCGCCGCUGCCCCUGCAGCCGCCCGCGAUGCCGCCGCAUCCGUCGCCGCCGCCGCCGCCGCCGCCGCCGCCGCCGCCGCCGCCCUCUCCCUCGCCGCCGCCGCCGCCGUCGCCGCCACCCUCGCCGCCGCCGCCGCCGUCGCCGCCACCCUCGCCUCCUGAGCAGCCGCGAGGGAUGUCCAUCGGCUCCGGCCUGAGCACUCAUCACUGCUCCGGCAUUCGGCUGCUCGACGCAGACGCGAUCCACGCGGCGGCGGCGAGGCGGCAGGCGCUUGGCAUCGCCAUUGGCAAGGCGGCGUGCAUGCAGGCGCUGCGGCCGGGCAGCAAGGUGUUGGCUGCGGGCUGUCCCUCGCUCGCGCACCUUGAUUUGCGCGGCGCCAACCUCAGCCACGCCACCCUCGACGGCGUCGACCUCACCGGCACGAUGCUCGAUUGCGCCCAGCUUGAGGGGGCCACGCUGCACAACACGCACGCCGAGGGAGCCUCCUUCACCGGCGCAAACAUGGCGGGCGUCCGCGCGACGGACUUCACCUUUGAGCGGGCAGACCUCACUUUCGUCGACCUUAGCCGCGCGGAGCUGCGCGCGAGCGUCAACCCGACGGUCGCCGUGAUCGGCCACCUCUCGCGCGCCAACCUGACUGGCGCGAGCCUCGCGGACGCCACCCUCGAGGGCUUCGAAGACUCGCAGGACGUGGUGCUCGACUUUGCCAACCUGCACCGCGCCCUUCUGAGCAAGUGCGUGCUCACGCGCCCGUCGCUGCGCGGCACGCGCCUCGUCGCGUCGCGACUCGACCACACGGAACUGAUUGGCGCCGUCGCCUCGCCGACGACGCUGCUCGCCGGCACCAUGAUGACCGACGUCGGCCUGGCCAGCUGCAACUUCGAGGGCGUCGAGCUAAGCGCCACCGCCGCGCUGGGCCACGUCGAGGCGAUCCGCUGCAGAUUCGACCACGCGCGGCUCAGCGGCGCCGCCCUCAGCACUGUCAGCUUCGUCGACAGCUCUCUCGAGGGCGCCAGCUUCAGCCAGGUCUGA